CGACAAGGCCAUCUCUCUUGACUGGUCGACAUUUAUGUGCAAUGGAAAAGGUUUCCGCUUUUCCCUACCUGACAGAAGACGAGUUUGUCAAGGCUUGCGAAGACGUCCAGGCUCGGCUGCCUGACAGCGCCCUGUUUGCUGGAGAGCCGCCGUGCCUGCGCAUCACCCGACGCUUGGCUUCGGCUUGUGUCGCUGACGCCGAUCAUCAGGAACAGCUUGAAACAUAUGUCGAGGCAUUCGAAGACGAUGAUGAAGAAGCCAUAGUCAAACAACCUCAAAGCGAGACGAUUGUCACUGUACAAUAUGAUGUCUUGCUAUCUCCCAGCUACAGAGUACCGGUUGUCUACAUGACGGCCAGCCCUCCGCUGCCUGUCUCCCACUUCUUUGACCUUGUCGUGCCGCAUCACUUCCAAGACGCUAUGCGCGAAACGGGCGUUAUGGGAGCCUUGUCAAUGACGGACCAUCCCAACACUGGCAUGCCCGCAUACUUUGUACAUCCGUGUCGUACUGCAGAUACAAUGUGUGCCACAGGAACAGCUGGUGUCCAGAUCCAGGAUUAUAUGCUUGUUUGGCUGGGUAUCGUUGGAGCAAGUGUAGGAUUGAAUGUGUCGAGCACAGACUUGCGCCGUGCAUGA